AUGUACGUUGCUCGGUCUACACGAAGCAGGAAGCCGUCGAGUAAGUUGCUUUACUCGAAUGCGGUUGCAAAACCUAGCACGAAGAAGCACAAGCAAAGGCAACAAAAACGGCCAGACACGCCCACCAAAACAGCAGAAUGCAUAGAGGUACCCUCUAGUCCAAAAAAUCCUACCGCAGCACGCAAGAAGCAUGAUGUGGCCCCGGGGGCCGUAGUCUCUGCCACAGCAUAUGAGCAUACACCCCCUGGAGCAGUAGUCUCCGCGAUGACGCCCGAAGUCUUGAGAACGUUGCCGAAGCCACGCACUUCUCAAGUAUUCGGAUUCUGGCUCCUACAUCAAGUUGAGCAUAUUUACGUGGAUUAUAGAAAUUAUUGUUUGAAGGAAGAUGAAGACGGCUAUCCAAGGAAAACAAAGCUCGGCAUGCUCGAAGUCACUGUACCAUAG